CUCCUCGCCCGGCGGGCCAUUAAUUACUCCCCCAUCCCCUCCUUCCCUGGCUCCGUUCCUCCGAGCGAGAGGUUUCAAACAGAGGGGGAGGGCGAUCCAUCCACCCAUCGAGUCUCCGGCGCCUGAUCGGUUCGUCGUCGAUGGCGGACUGGGGCCCCGUGGUGAUGGCGACGGUGCUGUUCGUGCUGCUGACGCCGGGGCUGCUGUUCCAGCUCCCCGCGCACGGCCGCAUCGUGGGCUUCGGCACCAUGCACACCAGCGGCAUCGCCAUCCUCGUCCACGCCGUCCUCUACUUCGCGCUCAUCACCAUCUUCCUCAUCGCCAUCGGAGUCCACAUCUACGCCGGCUAGCUCAAGCUGCGGAGCCCGGUCGUCUCUUCCGCCCGCCCGCGGCCCGCCCUUCGCCAAGUCUUCUCUCUCCUCUCGUCUCCUCUCGUCGCUUCCCUUUCCGAUCUACUCCUCCUAGUAGUAGAAUAUGUGACGCCUGCCUGCCUGCCUGCUUGCUCGUGCUAGCAGGGUUAGCAGUGCCGUUGCUGGUGGUGUUAUCUUGUUAAUUUAACUGCAGCGAAAGCAAUCCGGUGGAUGCUGCAGUGUGUGUACUGUAAUGAAGGGAUUAUCGUGAGAUUCUCUGUUCCUUGUUC